AUGUUUGACAAUAUACCCUCGGGUCCUGCAGACCCUUUUUUUCAUCUGAAGAAAAAGGCCGAUGAAGAUGACCACCCAGACAAGGUUGACAUAGGGUAUGGACUCACUACUGGGGAUGAUCGAUUCCUCAAGCUCGCAGCGGAAGUCAUGUUUGGCCAAGAAAAUGAAGCGUUGGUAUCAGGGCGGAUCGCAUCCGUACAGACUCUCUCGGGCACAGGAGCCAACCAUACCGCCGCUGUCCUCAUAGCUAGACUACUCGAUCCAAAGCCAGCCAUCUACCUCGGAGUGCCUACCUGGAACAACAUGAAGCCGCUCUGUGAGUAUGCCGGCUUAGAGACCAUCGAGUACCCAUACCUAGACCGUGAAACAUCCGAACUCUCCUUCCAGCCCUGCAUCGACGCAAUCAGGAGUGCUCCUACAGGGAGUGUAUUUGUUCUACAGGGCUGUUGCCACAACCCGACUGGCAAAGACAUCACAUUGGAUCAGUGGCAGCGGUUCGGAGAGGAGAUAAAAGCACGGGGUCACCUAGCUUUCAUCGAUAUCGCCUACCAGGGACUCGGUGAUGGGUUAGAUGAGGACGCUGCAGGUGUUCGGAUACUAUCACGUCUCGGUAUCGACAUGAUCGUAUGCCAAUCAUUCUCCAAAAAUUUCGCUCUGUACGGCGAGCGCUGCGGGGUUCUUCAUGUAGUCACACGGUCAGUCGAGGCUGCGACCAAUACCAAAGACCAGCUGCGGAGCCUGAUACGGCGCGAAUACUCCUCAUCACCAGCGUACGGGUCGCGGUUGGUUACAAUCGUGCUAGAGGAUCCCGAGCUACGUCAGCAAUGGGUUGAGGAACUCGCGUCCAUGAGAGCAAGGUUAAUUCAAAACAGACAACGACUAAAAGAGCUGUCGACGACUCUGCAAACACCAGGUGAUUGGAAACAUAUUGUGGAGGAGAAGGGGCUCUUUUCGUGCCUCGCGAUCACCCCCGCACAGUGCAAUGCCCUCAUUGACAAAUACCACGUGCAUCUCCCGGUGAGCGGCCGGAUCAAUGUCGCUGGGCUAAAUACGAAUAAUACUGAGCGGACAGCUCGUGCGAUUGAUGCAGUGGUCCGAGGGAGUGUGGCGGGAAAGCUGUGA